AUGAACCUGACUGGCGGCAGGGUCGCCUUCGAGGGCUGCCGAGCGGGGACCGGUAAUGGACAUGCAAUAGCCACAAGCAAUGGCCUUCUCCAGAUCGGUGAGCUGACCAAGGUCGCGUUUGAAGGCAUGGACAGCUACAUCGGCUCGCCGAUCUUCGUUCUCGAUGCCGCCAUCCCAGUUGGUGGGGACGUCCUCCCGAGGGAUGUGUUUGAACUGAGGACACUAAUGGCAACGAAGCCACCAAGCCAAGGUUACAAUAAAUGUCCGGCAGGUUCUAAGUUCAAAGUUGACAGACACGGUGCACCCAUCCCGGGCACCUGCCACAUGUGUGGAUCUGGCACUGUGUCACUGGCGACCCCAACUGUGCACGUUCAAGGCGAAAUUGCUGCGGAAGACGGCAUGCGCAUUGUUCUCGUUGGGCGAGGAUCUCCCAAUGCCAUCCAACCCUUCCCGCUGCCCGACAACAAAUCAACAGGAGAGGGCUCCGUUUCCUUGCCCCUCGCGCGUGGUGCCUGGAAUUCUGACGUGAGCGCUCACGACAUGAACAUAUUGCCUGUGCUGCUGAGGACGCAGAAUCAGUCGGCAUUCAUGUUCGACCGUGGCAUGUUCAGGAGUAAAGAUGGCUGGAGACUUGCAGUGCUGUAUGACAUGUACAUCCCCGAUAAUCCGAUUGUCUUCCUGAACGGCUUGGACGACAUACCCUGGAGCAGAGCCAAAGAGACAGGCAUGUUCCAAGUAGACAAGCACGGCCAUAUCAGCCCGAUGCAUUCGCCCGAUCUUGUCUUCGGUAUCGUUCAUGAGGUGACCUACACCUUUCAACCCGGAAAUCCUUACUGGGCGGCCUGCCUCCCAUGCCACGACAUUGCCCGCGAGAUGGCCGACAAGAUCCAGUGCCAUGGUGCAACAUCGGCCAGCUCUCUUCCAGGCUACAUGCUCCUUCAUGUCACAGGGAAGCAAAAUCUUAACGUCCAUCGCUGCCCCAACCCCAUGGCCUGUCCUGGUAGCAAUCUCAGCCUCACCAGCGAGGGCGAGCUAGCCCCUCGGAGCAGGCUCUGCGCCGAAGGUUAUGAGAGGAGCCCUGGCUGCGUCCGCUGUGCACCUGGCUACGGCCGCCCUGUGCUGGACCCCUUCAUCUGCCAAAAAUGCGGAGGGCGGUCCUUGGUUCAGCAGGUAGGCAUGGCUGUCAUCUCCAACGGCCUUUUCUACGCCCUUGCUCUUAAUCCGGCCAAACCCAGAACCGACACCCAGCAGAUCUUCAAGGUAUUCCUGGCAUUCUUGACGAUCUCUUGCCGGAGCCUCUCUGCCUUGCCCAAGACCCAGCACUACCAGAAAUUGAAAGACGAUAUUUACGCCUAUGCUCGGGCACUCUAUCGCUGCCUCUUUGCAGCAGACGUUGUGAUCAGAGCCGAGCCAGGGUCAAUGAACUCCGCCUACGACUGCUGGGGCUUGGUAGACGGCCCAGUAAAUGUGUACUGGAACAGCUUCCUGUCCUGGUCCAUCCCCACAGCAUUGUUGUUGUUGUCUUGGUGGUGGCUGGGCAAGCGAGGUUGGCUGAAGGCCCUGGUGGUCUGGGGGAACAUGUUCGUCCCACCUCUCAUCGGCGCAGCAGCAAGGCUCGUGCCUUGCUACUCCACUCAGGGUGACGGGCCCCGCAUCCUCAUGUAUGAGGCUGCCUUUGGCACCCCUUGCGUCGAAAGUUUGUCGCAGCUCCUGGCGCUGCCACGAUUUUGGCUGGCUGCGGUAACGAGCCUUCUUCUAGUUCUCGUGGGACCCGUCCUCUGGCUGGUGCUGGCAGUGAGGGAUCCUGGGAAGGAGCUAUGGCAGGAGCGGAGGGAGACAGUGGCGUUUUUGGUGGCUGGCUACAGGCCGGCGCUCCCAUGGUGGGAGGUCGUGGUCCUUGGGAGAAAGGCAGCCAUAUUUGCGGUGUCUACUUUGCUUCCCAUGUCCUUGGCACCCGCAGCUCACUUGAUCUAUCUUCUAGGCAUCAUGAUUUUUGCAGAGCUCCUUCACAUCACCAUCCGCCCUUAUGCCAACUCUGAUUGGAACCGGCUGGAAGCACAAAUGCUAGGAAUCUCCUCAGCAUGUUUAGUGCUUGUGAUUUCUUUGCUAGUCGAAUGGCCUUUCAUGCCAUACAAAAUCUAUGUGGCUGGCAGCGCCUUCUUCUUCGCGCUCACGAGUGGGGUUUACAUCUACCUCCUGGGGCUCUACAUACGGAGUGCAUUUGCCAAGACACCAGACAUGGAGGAAGAGGGCAAAGAAGCAGCUGAGCAGGAUUGA